UUUGGGAAACCGUGAAUGAAUUGUCUAAGGAAGAAAAAGAAGAAAUAGGAUGGACAACAGACGAUGUGCCAGAGACUAGUUGGAAUAUAUCAAGCCUCUUCUCAACAGAUCCCAAAAGCAAAGGCAAAAUCAUGGAACUGGUGAAUUUAGUAACUGGGCUAUAUGAAAUCAAAUUUGAAUUUUUAAAGGAAGUAGAUGUAGGAAGAAUUGUCAAAUUCAAACCUGAUAUAGCGUUUGCAUCUCCAGAAUAUGAUGUGUUAGUCUUAGAGCUUGAAGACCACAAGUUUGAGUUGAAAUGUCUUGGUCUAGUGGAAGAUAAUGCUUGUAACGAAAAGCUCCACGUGUUUGGUCACCCAAGUGGAAAACCGCUUCAACAUGACCCUGCAUGUACAAUCCUUAAGGAGGAUACAGAUCUUUCUGAAUUAAAAAAAGAAGGAAUUGCUUUCUUUAAAAAAGAAUGUAAAAGUUUGGAAGAAAAGGAUAUAGAGGAAUCUUAUUCCCCGUGUGUUAUCUCUAAAGACAAAAUUUUAUUUCAUAGCUCCUGUAGCACAGCUCAUGGUGCGUCCGGUGCCCCACUCAUUAUCGUAUGUAAUGGAAGCCCAAAAGUGUACGGGAUGCUUCUAUGUGGACACCCCGGUGUAUUUUAUAAUUAUUUUAAUGGACGCUUGAAACGUCUUGAUCUGCUGGUCGAGUCUGGAAUCUCCAUGAAAAAAGUCAGGUCUUUACUUAAAUCCUUUAUACCAAACCUGGAAAAGGAUUUGUUCCGCGAUGUGUGAUAUUUGAUUUUUUUUUUCUCUUGUUUCUUGUCAGGACGAAGAGGUUGUUGGAAUUUUUGAUAUUUUUUUACAUUCAUUUACACCUCCCAUGUUGAAGAGUUCCACAAUAGUCUGCUUUGAAUAAUUCGUACUAUAGUUUAUUCCUAUAGAAAAUAGUAGUAGAAUGAAAUGUUAUGAUAUAUGACGUCUUACAAAAGUGCUUUUGUGACUAUAUUUUUUUUUAUAUUUUUGUCAUAUAUUCCAAACUCUCGGAUUGGAGUAAUCUUAAUUACAUAAUCAACUAGUGUAUAUAACAUUAUAUACACUUGAGUAACUAUUUAUAUAUUAUAAAAAGCAUAUCGAUUUUAUCUAGAUAUGAAAAUAAUUUUCUGAAAAGCAACAGUAAUGCUAAAUUGUAAACAGCUAAGACAAUGUAUGGCCUGCUUUUUCUUUUAAAAAACAAUUAUGCUUACAAAUCCUAUUUGUAAUUGUGAUGUCCUAUGAUAAGUAUGAGACAUAAAGAUAAGUGGGAGAAUCUAUAUAAUUUUAAAACAGAAUAGGGAAGUUUUUUCUUCAAAAAUCGAUAUAAAAUAUAAAUAAAGAAAAUCCCCUAAACUACUUUAUCAGUACGAGAAAACACACGUUACAUUAAACAGACUACUAGUAAUUAAUUUAAUCUCUAAUCUUUCAGAAUGAAAACCAGAGAUAAAAGUCGUCAUAAUUUUGUCAAUUUUUGUAAACCCAAAGAAAGGUGCAUAUCGUUAUUCCCCGAUCAUGACAAGGAGCACACGGCGGGUAUGACCAGUCAACAGAGGAUGCUCACUCCUCCAUGGCAACCGAUCCUACAUCUAAUGUUUCGGAGGUCCGUGUUUGCUCUGCUCCUAAUCUCUAUAAAUAUUGUUUUAAGGAUUUUGAUAUUGAAUACUGUUCGUUAUCUCCAUAUCCGUCUUUCAUCAUCUUGUAAAUAAAUAUAAACAUAAUUCUGUAUAAUAUUUAAUAUUUGAAACAUAGAACAAAAAAAAGAUAUUGCUUUUUUCUGGUUACCGUUUAUACGAUGAUUUACCAACCUUCUAAGUACAAUAAUCAUCUUGACCUUUGGUCUCGGUGAAAAUUGUACUCCUCGGGUAUCAAAUUUUAAAAACAUUGUAUCGACCUCAAAAUUAAUUGCAAUAAUAUGAAUAUGAGAACACUACAUGUCAUUGCAAUUUAUGGAAGCAAGUAAACAUACUAUUUGUAUCUAACUAUUUUGGGACAGGGAAACCAUUCGUUUACAUAAAGUUUAAGGUAUGUUAGAAUGCAAAAUGUAAAAACAACGCUUUCUGAUAUAAAUUGCAGCUGCUAGUAUAUUUUUUUCCUUGGAUAUGUCAAAUCAAAGAUGUUUGGUUUUGGGGAUUCUUUUCAGUGUAAACAUUUUACAUGUAGCUUUAAAUAAAAUAUCUUUGUUCCACUAGAGUUUUUAUGACUGUAUUAUUUUAUGGCACCAUUAUUAUAGAUUUUCUCCAUUUUUUUUUCUCCGAGUUUAGGUGUACGUUUUUAAAACUGUCAGUGAAUUGUAGUACAUGUAUUUUGUUCGUGCAUUGAUAUGUUUAGCAAAGAUACAAGAAUACUGGCUAUUUGAAUAACAAAAGCUGAUUGAUGAUCAGUAGAUAUUUAAAUUUUCAAAAUUAUUCUUUUUUAUUAUUUCCCAUCUCUCUGAUUAGCUGGGAUGCAACAAUAUACGAAAAAUACUAUGUUCUGUUCACCAGCAUGUGA